AGCAGGCUGGCAGGCAGGCCUUGCCCAUGCUCCCUUCCUUCUCUCUCACUGGCAACAGCUGUCCAGCAAGCAGCUGGAGGCCCUGCCAACACCCUCCCCUGGAAUAUUUCAGGGGUAAGUCAGAAAAUGACCAGCAGCCUCCAAAACGCGUUUUCUCCCAUAUACCUUACAUGGGUAUAUUGAGCAGCUCUGAGUGCUACGCGCGUGUCCUCUUGGCGCUCUCCAAAACACAUGAAAUACACAGCCACAGGGGGCACCCUCAGUGCACAGCUGCAGCCACACACCCACCCCUACCCCUCAGCUGCCGCACUGGCACAUGUCAGCCCAGUCAGGCUCACACUCACACUCACACACGGUUUCACAGCUGCUUCACAGUCGCUGCAGCCAGUGCCCAUUUUCCCUAAGACCACUCACGACUGGCCCAAUCGUACACACUCACCCUUGCUGUCAAGUCAUACAGCUGCACUUCCGCAAGCCCACACAGGACAGGAAUGGAGGAGCCCUGUGGGAUAUACAACCCUAGAUCUGUCUUCUGCUCCACACACAGAACCUUUACCAGAUGUUCCCAGCUGUGGGCACAUGGAACACAAGCCACAAGCCAACCAGUCAACACAUUGGCAUCGUUUCUCCUUCUCCAUCCCCAUCCGCCGCUGCUGCUGCUCAAGGAUCUGAUUAAACCGGUGUCCAGCCUCCUCCUGGCCCGGGCCUGCGGGAGUGCACAGCAUUCUUCUGAAAUUGAAUCAAAGCCCUCCUCCCUGACACGGGGACCAAGUGGAAAAAAGUAAUCAGAGGAAGAAUGCCUGGGCCCCAGGUCUGGGAAGGGGCCCAGCAGCUCUUACUGGGGGGAAGGGGAGAGUGCCUUCAGCAUGGAAGUCUGCCCGGGACACUGGUGGGCCGAGGACUCAGGCGUGGGUAUAUGCCUUGACCCACGCUGGCAGAGUCGGAGCCACAAGUGGAGCUGCUCUCCGAAGACCCCAGGAAACCUCCCAGGUUGGGUGGGGGAAGAGACCUGAGUUAAACACAGAACUCAACUUUACGGCCUUAGGCCUUUUUGCAGUUCUUUCUCAGCCCUUCUCUGGCCCCCAGCUGUCCCCAGACGCAUGGGGUGUGGCGGGUAACCCCCCUUCUCCAGCAGGCGCCCUGCCCCACCCCUUCACGACAGCUGCGGGACACCGGGAGGGUGGCCGCUCUCCAAGCCCUCGCGCGGGUGGGGAUCGCAGGGCGCCGACACGAGGGGUGCCGGGUCCCUCUGGGCACCCCACCACUAAACCUUCCUCCCGCCUCGAUCGGGAACUGCUCCCCUGAGACUGCACAGCCCCCCUCCUCUCCUCGCCGAGCAACCCAGGCCAGAAGGAAAGGUGGAGAGAGAAGCAGGGAAACGGGCACAGAGGCCAGUUUUCCUCUCCAAGACUCCGAAUCCCCAAAGGAGGCCAUGACUUUCAGCCCAGAGGCCACUCUAUCUUUGGAGGGGACUGUGAACCUAGAAGACAUUCUCUAUCUGGGGGACUCAGUGGACUUUGAAGAGAGUCUCUGCGUGGGAGAGUCUGAGAAGCCAGAGGAGACACUAUUUAUCGAAGAAUCGAGGCAGCCAGAGGAGGCUCUGGACCUGGAAGAGCCGGUGAGUCCAGAGGAGACCCUGCUUGUGGAGGAACCUGUGAGGCCAGAGGAGGAACAAUUUUCAGAGGAGCCUGUGGAGCCAGCUAAGAGCCCAAGCCCAGAGCAGACUGCUUGUGAGGGAGAGACGGUGGCCACGGAGGAAAGCCUUCCAGCUCCGCUGAGUCCCAGCACAGAGGAGACCCUCAGCAUGGAGGACCUGGAGUUGCUGGAAGGCCGUUUCCAGCAAUGUGUGCAAGCUGUAUCCCAGUUGGAAGAGGAGAGGGACCAGCUUAUCCAUGAGCUGGUGCUGCUCCGGGAACCAGCUCUCCAGGAGGUGCAGCAAGUCCACCAGGACAUCCUGGCUGCCUACAAGCUGCACGCGCAGGCAGAGCUGGAGCGGGAUGGGCUCAGGGAAGAGAUCCGGAUGGUGAAACAGAAGCUUUUUAAGGUGACCAAGGAAUGUGUGGCCUACCAAUACCAGCUGGAGUGCCGUCAGCAGGAGGUGGCUCAGUUUACCGACUGCAGGGAAGCGCUGACCACCAGGGCAGCCCAGCUCUCCGGAGAACUGACCCAGCUCCGAGAUGCCUAUCAGAAACAGAAGGAGCAGUUACAGGAACAGCUGGAGGCACCCCCGACCCAGAGUGAUGGGCACUUUCUCCAGGAGAGUCGGCGGCUGUCGACCCAGUUUGAAAAUCUCAUGGCGCAGAGCCGCCAGGGCCUGGAAGAGGAGUAUGAGCCCCAGCUGCUGCGGCUCCUGGAGAGGAAAGAGGCAGGGGCCAAAGCUCUACAGGACACCCAAGCAGAGAUCCAAAAGAUGAAGGAGGCCCUGAGACCCCUGCAAGCAGAGGCCCGGCAGCUCCACCUUCAGAACAGGAACCUGGAGGACCAGAUCACACUCGUGAGGCAAAAACGCGAUGAAGAGGUUCAACAGUACAGGGAGCAGCUGGAGGAGAUGGAGGAGAGGCAGAGACAGUUACGAAGUGGAGUGCAAGUCCAGCAACAGAAGAACAAAGAGAUGGAGCAGCUGAGGACCAGCCUUGCUGAAGAGCUUUCAACAUAUAAGGAUUGUUUAGAAAUGUAUGGCCGGAUCUGUAACCCAGAAACAACAAAGCAUUUAUAUCAAAGCAUCACUAGGGAUGGACUUUUCCCCAAACAGGAAAGAGUGCCAGCAUCUGGCAAGCAAUUCACCCUGUGAAAAUUACAAACAUUGCUUAUCUUGCCCACAAAGAUUUUAGGGUUGGCUAGAAGCAGGAUACCAGUCACCUUUCAUCUGGAUUCUUUUCUGUAGGCUGUUAGUACUGAUCCUGAUGCACUGUGGAUGGACAAAUGAGCCUGUUAUCUUGCAGCAGAACACUGGGUUAUGGAGUAUCACCACAUCUUGCAGCAUUGUGAAGGUUAUUUAUUGCUUUGUGCUGACCCCAACCAAGAACAUUUAAGGAAAAAGUCGGGGUCAAAAGGCAGCCAGUCUUUGCCCUAUGAACCCACAGCUUCAAUACCUCUGAGGCAUGGGUACUAGAUUUCAAACGACUCCUUUCACAAAGUCAUUUUUCCUUUAACACCCGCACUCACAUGAUUUACUCCUAAAAGUGUCAGGAUAGCUAUUUUGCCGUUUUUCUUUUUCUUUUCUCUCUCUCUUUUUUUUUUUUUUUUGACACAGGGCCUCACUUACAGCCCUGGCUGGCCCUGAACUCAGAGAAAUCUGCCUGCCUCUACACUGCUGAGAUUAAAGACACGUCAGGCUUGGGUUUUUUUCAGACAAGGUCUCAAGUAAUCUAGGCUGGGGUUUCUAACUUGUUAUAUAGGUCAGGAUGACCUUGAACUUCUGAUCUUGCCUCUACUUCCCAACCACAGGGACUACAGGUGUACAUCACCAAGUGUGACUCAAGACACACACCCCACAACCCCCCCCAGGGUAUCACCCAUGUGGUGACAUGGCUGUCUUGGAACACAUCACAUAGACAAGGAGGGCCUCGAACUCACUGAAAUCCACCUGCAUCUGCAUCCCAAGUGCUGGGAUGUAUCAUUACACCCAGCUUGAUAGUUUUUACUAUACACAAAAACAAUGAGAACAGAAAUCACUUCAGAUUUGGACCUGACACUUCAUUAUUCAGACUUUCCAGAAAUUAAACGGUUUUGGAGGUGAGUCAUUUAGUCAGUUCAAGCGAAGUCGGUCAUUUUUAUCUAGUUAUCACAUAUGGUGAUAAGGACACUCAGACUCUUAAUUCCUAUCCUUUAAAAGUAAGUAGGAGUCCCAGUGAAAAACACUGGACAGAUACAAGCUCUCUGGAACACGGGUAUAAUCUCUUUCAAAUGUAAACUGCCUUAAGUUGUCUAUCACACUGCCUUUGACAUCUUGGAAACUUGUGCGGCUCUCUAGGAAGACUUAAAAAAGAUGUAAUUUUACCAAGACUAGUUUGUGUACUGUUUGGUAAUGCCUUCGCUUUCCCAGGCAGGAGUAAAGCUCUUCUUUUUAAUGGUUCUGGAUCUAUUAUGUUCAUUUUCAUUUUGAUAGUCAAGAGCAUGAAAAACAACUGUCAUCCGAACAAACUCUUCUAGAAGCCGGAGACUGGUGUUUGGUGGAUAGUAAAUAAAACCUACCAGCGCAGGGCAUCAUAGAAAAGCAAUUUAUUCCUUUAUAAGCACUUACACAGUUAGUCAUGGAGAGUAACAGGCCCGAUGCUGAGACAGGUCAACCAAAAUGGAGAGGGCAUCAAACUAUAGUGGUCAAGGACUAACCCCUAGAAAAGCAACUCUUACCAAGGAUUAAUUUAAUUUUAAAAACAAAGACAAACUAGCAAUUCACUCUUUCUCAACUUGACAGUUCACCAGUGGUAUGACUGUCAGUUAAAAACAUACACCUUACAACUUGGUGGUCCCAAGUUUAAAAAAAAAAACAAAAACAAAAAACCA